ACAUAUCAUAUUUGAUCGAGAUACUGAAAAAUAAAUCGAGAUAACGAGAGUUAACCCAAUCACUUUAACGUCUGAUAUACUCCAAGUGUGUCAAAUACUUACAUUUUGUUAAGUUUGUAAGUAAUUACGAACGACAUUAUGCUAUGAUAGUAAAUAGAUAUGAAGAAGUGAAAAGUAGAAGUAUUGUUUUCCAUGCGCAACGAGAGUCUUUCAGAUACCGGAAGUGGAUGUUAUAAAUUAGUGCAGCUGAUAUAAUCUACAACCGGAAACGGAAAUGUAUGUCAGGCAAGAUGGAGGAUGGGGAUGGAUUGUUGCCAUAGCUACAUUUUUAUGCAACGUGAUUAUAGAUGGAGUAAAAUACUCGUUUGGUAUCAUAUUUGUAGAGCUUGUGAAUACGUUUAAAGGGACUAAGAGCCAGACAUCAUGGAUAAUGUCUAUUCAGAUAGGAGUGAUGUUGCUUUCAGGUCCUGUUGUUGCAGCGUUGGUCAACCGAUUUGGAUGUAGAAAGAUUGGACUGGUGGGCACUGUUGUCAGUUUUUCAGGAUUCGUAGCCAGUUCGUUUGCGCGGUCUUUGUAUGUAAUGUAUAUAACAUUUGGACUUCUAGGAGGUCUUGGUUUUGGGAUGAUGUCGAUGCCAAUGGUAGUGACGUUGGCACGCUAUUUUGACAAGCGCCUGGCUUUAGCAUCCGGUAUCGCAGCCAUGGGUUCAGGUUUUGGGACACUUGUUUUCAAUCCACUUAGUAAAGUCCUUAUAGAUACAUACACCUGGCGCGGAACACUUCUCAUAGAGUCUGGAAUUGUAUUAAACGGCUUAGUAUGUGCGCUUGUAUUGAAGCAACCAGCAACAAGAGCAGAAAGCACCAACGCAAUUGUAGAACUCGAUACUGAUAACACAAAAGAUGAUAACACAAAGGAAGAAAACACAAAGGAAGUCGGACCAUUUACUGAGUUAAAUCAUUGCGAUCAUAUAUCAGGUAUCUGUCGUUCAGAUGACCAAGAGCUCUGUAAUGAACGUGGACAUGAAAAUGACAAAAGUGUAAAGCUAGAAACAUAUAAAGAAAACAGAGAUUCGGCGUCGCUUCUUGCAAAUGAUGGUGAAGUAGAAUUAUCAAUUAUUCCUAAGGGAAUUGAAUUGAAGCAAACGACUGAAGAAGAUCCCGAUGAGGCGCAUCCUUUAAUAAUAUCAACAGAUAAAAUCAUUAAUGGUGCAACUUAUUCAGAAAAUAGCUGUGAAACAUGCCAUGAAAUUUCACUUUACAAUAACAAAAAUAGCGACUCAAAAUUGUUAAAUGUUGAUAAACAAACCGAUGAAAAUUCUGUAAAACUUCAAGAAGAGGAGGGGACUGACAAGAGAAAGAGAUGGUUUAGUUUAUCGCCUUUAAAGAAUAUAGGUUUUCUGUUUUUCCUUGUGUCAGGGUUCCUUAUUGAAUUAGCUUUAAACGUACCGUUCACAUUUUUGCCGGACAUGAUGCUUCAAAGAGGGUUUCAAAAACAAGAUUCUGUAUGGAUGCUGUUUGUUAUAGGUUUGGUAAGCACGGUCAGCCGUAUAGUGAUAGGAUUUAUUGCCGAUCUACGGUUUAUUAACCGAGUGAAACUCUGCAACUCCAUCGUUGUUCUGAAUGGCAUAAUUGUCGUCUGCUGUCCCUUUUGUUUCAACUAUGCCUCUUUUCUUGCCUUUUCCAUUUUGUUUGGAUUCUCUGCAGGUAGUUCAAGUUCCCUUCGAUAUGUCCUGGUACCCGAUUUGUUUGGCGUAGAUAUGAUAGCAGAUUUGUAUGGUCUCAACAUGUUCUUCUGUGCUUUCGCGGCAUUUGUUGGUCUUCCAAAAGCAGGUGCUUUAUUUGACGUCACUGGAAACUAUAUGGUGCCUUUUGUUGUUGCUGGUGUGGAGCUUGUUGUUAGUGGACUGCUGUUGUUUCUUAUACCAGUAGUCAAUCGAGAGCGCAAAGCAUCUGUACAUCGAAAUUCGCAUUGUACUACGUGAUUCCCACCAUACCUUGUGCGUCUUAAUAUACCACGCCGGUUUUACUGUAUUAUGUGACAUGUGAAUUGGCUGUACCAAGGAUGUCUAAGUAGAAGAUGACUGUCUCAUUGAGAAAGAAAAUGCGAAUUAUGCAAUGUUCAAGAAGUUGAAGACGAAUUUAGUUUUGUUAUUAUUUGUAAUCGUUAUCUGGCAUUAUGUAGAGAGUUUAUCAAUCCUUAUUAUUACAAAAAGCAAGCAUGUUAAAAUUGUUUGAAGCUUCUGAUUUCAAGAAAUAAAUCUGAAUUAAUAGGACUUGUUAAGUACAUUGUGUCGAUAUGGCUUUAUAAAAAUUAUCAUUUAUUUUUUUAAACUAUAUUGUAACUCGAACUGUUAAAUUUUACAAGUAAUUUGUUUAAGCACAUUUUCUUGUAACAAGUUCUUUGUCAAAUUGGAAUGUAUUCAAUUAAUUACUUAAUAUGUUUAGAAUGAAUUCGCCUCAACUUAAUCAAUUCGGUUAUUUACUAGAAACUUAUAAACAUUCUCAAUAUUCAAAAUUUAAAAGAUUGUUAUCAUUAUCACCGUUCCAUGACAUUGUGAUAAUCUUCUGUAUUUAUGACUAUGUAAAAAUAUGUAUACGUCAAUAAAAUAACAUCUAUCUAUCUACUGUAAAAUGUGAGUAUUACUGUAUUGCACCUGUCGCAUUGUACCACAUGAAAUAUAUAUCACGUGUUUCCCACUGUACCACGUGCGUCUCACUGAGACAUAUUGUUAAACAAACAAACACAAAGUCACUGCCAAAACAAUGUAUGAUUUAUAACAGAUAAAAAAACUUCAUAUUAGUCAUUUUUAAUUGAUAGCUUUGCGCAAAUGAAUUAACAUUUAUAAAAGUAAACUAGU